AUGAACCUGCUAAAACAUGACAGAGCUUUCAAAUUUCACCAUUUGUGUGGAAAGCUAAAAAUCACUCACCUUGCUUUUGCUGAUGACCUACUUCUAUUCAGUAGAGGGGAUAUGUACUCUAUUCAAAAACUAUAUCAGUGUGUGCAAGAGUUUGGUGCUGUAUCUGGUCUGGAAGCCAAUCCUUCAAAAUGUGCAAUUUUCUUUGGUGGAAUGGAAGAAUCUGUUAAAGCAACUAUCAGUAGUUGUUUAGGAUUUCAUGAGGGUUCUUGGCCUAUCAACUGUACUGGGACAAAAGUUCUAAAGAAAAUAGAUUCUUCCGAAGAUUUUUUAUGCGAAGAUUUUUUAUGGGGUAAAACUGAUCAGUCUCUCAAAUCUCCUCUAGUUGCUUGGGACAAAAUCUGUAGGGAGAAGAAGUGUGGUGGCUUGGGAAUUUUUUCUGCAAAAACUUGGAAUAUGGCAUCAGCUCUUAAAAUCAUUUGGUUUAUUCAUGUAAACAAAGAAUGGCUGUGGAUUAAGUGUAUUCAUGGAAAGUACCUGAAAAACACAAACAUUUGGCUUGUGAACAUGAAAGUUGGGGACUCUUGGAUGUGGAAACAAUUACUUAAAGCAAGAGAUAAAGCAAUCACUAUCUGUGGGGGCAUAGAGAAUCUGAAGAGAUGCAUCAGUUCAUGUUGCAAAAAUUCAAGUAUUCAGCUGUCUAAGCUUUAUUCGGCCAUAUCUCCAGUUUUAAACAAAGUGAAUUGGUAUCUGACAGUUUGGGACACUUUGAUAUAUCCUAAACAUAGUUUUAUUUUGUGGUUAGCUAUUCUAAACAGACUGUUAACCAAGGAAAAGCUUCUUAGGAGGGGUGUUAUACAAUCAGACCAUUGUUGUCUGUGUUCUGAUAAUAUUCAGGAAUCACGUAAUCAUCUGUUCUUUGAUUGCCUCUUCUCAAAUGCAGUGUGGAACAACAUCAUGGAUUGGCUCAAAUUUAAAUGGAAGGCUUAUGAUUGGGAUAUUCUUAUGGACUGGUAUACCAGUAGACUGAAAGGAAAGGGUUUUAAGCAAAGUUUAAAGAGAUUGGCUCUUGCAAACACAGUAUACAGAAUAUGGAAGGAGAGGAAUGAUAGGAUUUUCAACAUGAAGGUUAAGAAUAUUGAUCAGCUUACUAAGGAGAUUAAGUUGGACAUAAUGACCAUGAUCCUUAAUAGUCCAUGUUUAGAGGAAAAUAAACAGUGUUUCAGUUAUGAACUGAAAUAUCAGGAUGUACAUAUUCUUCCAAUUUUUGGUAAAUGA